AUGGCCAUCCUUCUGAAGAGGGCAGAAAGAGAGAAAAUGUCACUGGAGAAUGAGUAUGAGAAGAUCACCUCCCUAAAGAAAAAUCUUGAAGUCCAAAUGGCAAGGAAUGAGUUGCUAGAGAAAGAAAACAAGGAUCUCAGACAAGAAGUAACUCGUUUAAAAUCACAGAUAUUUUCACUUAAAGCACAAAACAUAGAGAGAAAAUCUAUAUUCUGGAAGAAGAUACAGAAAUCCAUGGAUGGCAACAACACAGAUGCACUUCAGCAUAAAGCAGCAGUUCAAGUAAUCAAGUCUGAAAAGAGUCCAACAAACGAGAAUGUGCAUACAAAUUCAGAUUUCCAAGAACCAGCAGCACCUAAAAAGGAAAGAUCAACAAGAAUACCAACACCUCCACCAAGGCCUGCUUGCAACCCUUUUCUUCCUCCACAAAAAAAUGAGAAAGGAAUGAAAGUGCAGCCAACAACAGCACCACCACCACCUCCAAUACCACCAAAAUCACUAGUUGGGAUGAAAGCAGUGCGUCGAGUGCCAGAAGUAAUAGAAUUCUAUCGUUCCUUGACAAGAAAUGAUGCAAACAUGAAUAACAAAAUAAACACCAAUGGAACUCCUGCAGUUGCAUUUACCAGAAACAUGAUUGAGGAAAUUGAAAAUCGCUCAACUUUUCUUUCUGCUAUAAAAUCAGAUGUUCAAAGACAAGGGGAGUUUAUCAGAUUCUUGAUAAAAGAGGUAGAGUCUUCCUCAUAUUCAGAUAUUUCUGAGGUGGAGGCAUUUGUGAAAUGGCUUGAUGGGGAGCUAUCUUCAUUGGUGGAUGAACGUCCAGUACUAAAGCAUUUUCCAAAUUGGCCAGAACAAAAAGUAGAUGCACUUAGGGAAGCUUCUUGUAACUACCGAGAUCUGAAGAACCUUGAAUCAGAAGUAUCAUCAUUUGAGGACAAUCCAAAAGAGCCAUUGGCUCAGACUUUGAAAAGGGUGCAAGCACUUCAAGACAGGUUGGAGAGAAGUGUAAACACUGCAGAGAGGACAAGGGAAAGUUCAAGUAAGCGUUAUAGGAAUUUCCAUAUCCCUUGGGCUUGGAUGCAGGACACAGGCCUCAUUGGUCAGAUGAAACUAAGUUCAUUGAGGCUAGCGAAGGAAUUCAUGAAACGGGUAACCAAGGAAUUGGAAUCUAAUGAAGCCUUGCAGGAAGAUAACCUCCUGGUACAAGGAGUUAAGUUUGCAUUCAGAGUACACCAGUUUGCAGGUGGUUUUGAUACAGAGGCCAUAAAAGCAUUUCAAGAAUUGAAGAAGAUUGGUAUUGCUAGUACCAAGUUAUAGGAAUUUUGAUUAUACCCCAAACUUGUUAAUAUAUGCCAGAAAU